UUCUCACCGAAUCGACGAGAUGAAGGGGAAAUGGAACUCUGGAAUCCUCUAUUGAUCAUUGAUUAAUCAUUUCUGGUUUCAUAUUCAGCUCAAUAGAAAUCAAUAUAGCAAUUGACAUACUUGGAACGCCACCAAUAUCUACGCCGUUGAUGAUUUUAUGAAUAUCCCAGGAAGUUAACCCAACUCAAGAUCUUGAGAAUUGUUGAGUGUGAAGUGUCAUCUAAGGAGAAACAGACGUGGCUAUCAGAAGGAAGUGGCCUGACCAUUUAUUCAUUCAUCUUCUUGGCUAUCGGAGAGAACUUCAGCAAGCCUAUGAACAGAACUGAGGAGCGAACCUCAGCAACCUCGCAGUCAUGGAUCGCCUCCCAGUUGAAUUGCGGCAGACCCUUCUUGAGCUCCUGGACCGCCCAGAGCUGAAAGCCAUCCGUCUCACUUCCAAAUCAUGGGCGUCUCUCGGGGCGGAAUACCUCGUCUCGCCUUCCUUCACCACAUUCCCCUACCGCGACGACAUCACGCGUCUUAUCAACCUCUCCGCGCACCCCAAGUUCUCCUUCAGAAUCCAGUCUCUGACUUUUAACCUUGGAGAAAUGAAUGAGUACCACGCACGGCAUAACGCCUAUUUCCUGAACUACAUGCGAGAGUACGAGUCACGGCUGUUCACUCUGGAAGAAACGUGGUCGACGUAUCACCGAUGGAAGGCUCUCAAGGAGCAAUAUCUCCCUCGAGUCUGUGAUCUGGCUCUACUCACCGAAGCAUUCAGCUCCCUCUCCAACCUCAAAGACAUCUCCGUCAGCCUGACCAACUUCCCCUUCCCAUCGACCGACUGCCCCGAACUCCUAAGCCAGAUGUGGCGCAUCCCCUCCACCCGCCUCCUCCCCCGUAUCCCCACCACCUCGCGCUUCACCUCCCUCCUCAGCGCCAUCAGCCUCUUCCCCCACCUAACCAUCCAAACCCUCUCCCACGACCGUCUACCCUUCGAAUUCUUCGCCCAGAACCGGCCCCUGAUCUCCUCCAUCUCGCCCGCUUUCACACACCUGACCUCGCUGGCUCUCACGCUCGACUACCACGAUUCCAACGCUCUGCACCACGAGCCCGCAUGCCAGAACCUCGCGCUCUGUCUGCACCGCGCCACUAACCUGCACACCCUCUCACUCACCUUCCAAUCCCGCACCAAGGUCUCCAUCUCCGCCCUCCUAAGCGCCUGCUGCGACAUUCCCCUCCGCGACCUGCGCAGCCUGCGUCUGGAAGGCAUCGCAUGCACCGAGGACGAGCUCGCGGACUUCCUGACUGCGCACGCUGGCUUGAAAACCGUGGUUCUAGGCGGGCCGGGGGUGAGGACUCCGCAUCAGCCGGCGACGGGAGGGGUGCAUCUCCGAGAGGGGACGUUCGCGGGGUUGUUUGAGAGGGUGGGGAGAGGCUUGGGCUUGGAGAGCUUUGAGAUUAUGGGGGAUUUGUUGGAGGUUGAGAGCGGGAGGAGGUGGUUGCUGGAUGGGUUGGAGGAUGUGAGGAGCUUGGAUAUAUUCCAGUCUGAGUGAGUGAGUGAGUGGGGUCGGGCUGGAUUGGAUGGAUUUGAGUAGAGGAGAGGGAGGAAGAAGAGUUUAUUGGUAAUUUUUGGUGGUAAUUAUAUCACGAUUGUUGCCCCUGUCUGAUAUUCAUAUUCUACUGCUACGGGAAUGGAGUCACAACCUCUUUGAAUUAAACCCGGAAUUGAGAGAUUUAGCCACGAUUUUGGUAUUCAACGC